AACCAAUGACCUCUCCAUUGCUCCAAUCCAACUCACCAUUUUCCAAUGGCCUUUUUAUCUUCUCACUCAUCAAUCCUCACCACCACUCACUCUACCUCCACGCUCUCACUCCCCAAACUCCUCCAUUGCCACCACUCCUCCUCCUCCUCAGCCACCAGGCCCACCGCCCUCUCUUUCCCCAACAAACCCACCACCACCCAACACACCCACAACCUCUCCACCACUUCAGUCCCUAUCAACAAAUGGAGGACCAAUGUCUCUUUCUUUCCCACUUUCUUGAAGAAACCCAAAGACGCAAAACCCAUCAAAGAUGAGCUUCUUGAGGCCAUUGCACCGCUCGACCGAGGUGCGGAUGCCACCCCUGAGGACCAGCAAAGAAUCGAUCAGAUUGCUAGAAAACUUGAAACAGUCAAUCCGACAAAGGAGCCACUCAAAUCUGAUUUACUAGAUGGGAAAUGGGAACUUAUCUACACAACUUCAACAUCAAUACUGCAAACCCAGAGACCCAAAUUCCUAAGAUCAAGGACAAACUACCAAGCCAUCAAUGUGGAUACACUAAGAGCUCAAAACAUGGAAUCUUGGCCAUUCUUCAACCAGGUUACUGCAGAUUUAACCCCUCUGAAUGCAAGAAAGGUGGCUGUGAAAUUUGAUUUUUUCAAAAUAGCAGGCCUGAUACCUAUUAAAGCUCCGGACAGAGCUCGAGGUACAUUGGAUAUUACUUAUUUGGAUGAAGAAUUGCGAGUAUCGAGAGGUGACAAAGGCAACUUGUUCAUCUUGAAAAUGAUCGACCGUUCUUAUCGAGUCCCUGUCUGAAAAGCAUAUAUACACAUACGGUGGCGGAAUUUCUCCCGCCUUUCCUUGUAUAAGACUCACGUAUAAAUCAAAACUUGCAAUACUUACAGA